AGAUAAAGUUUAAAAAAUCAGGAUGAUGCGUUUCAUCCUUUUACUGUCAGCUGCCGCCGUGGCAGUGGCAUACAAAAACCCCCACUAUGCUGCUGGGCGGUCCACUAUGGUCCAUCUCUUCGAGUGGAAGUGGGACGACAUUGCGGCUGAGUGUGAAAGGUUCCUUGGACCGCGCGGAUUUGGCGGUAUUCAGAUCUCCCCUCCUAAUGAGAACUUGGUGAUUUGGUCGAGGAAUCGCCCGUGGUGGGAACGUUACCAGCCCAUAUCCUAUCGACUGAUCACUCGUUCUGGUAACGAAAACCAAUUUGCCAAUAUGGUGCGGCGUUGCAACAACGCUGGUGUGAGGAUUUACGUGGACGCCAUCAUCAAUCACAUGACUGGAACAUGGAACGAAAACGUUGGCACAGGAGGUAGUACCGCCAAUUUCGGUGACUGGCAUUUUCCAGGUGUACCUUACGGAAGAAACGAUUUCAACUGGCCUCACUGUGUCAUCUCUGGCAACGACUAUAACUGUUGUGCUGAUAGAGUACGUAACUGUGAAUUAUCAGGUCUUAAAGAUUUGAAUCAAGGAUCAGAAUAUGUUCGUGAACAGAUUGUCAAUUUCAUGAAUCAUCUCAUCAGUUUGGGCGUUGCUGGUUUCAGAAUCGACGCUGCUAAGCACAUGUGGCCCGGAGAUCUUAGCGUCAUCUACAGUCGUCUCCAUAAUCUGAAUACGGCCCAUGGCUUCCCAUCUGGCGCUCGUCCGUAUAUCUUCCAAGAAGUGAUCGAUUUAGGAGGUGAGGCCAUAAGCCGAAAUGAAUACAUUGCACUUGCUGCAGUAACUGAGUUUAGAUUUGGAUUGGAACUUAGCCGGGCAUUCUCCCAACAAAACCAGUUGAGAUGGUUAUCCAACUGGGGCCCACAAUGGGGUCUUCUGGCCUCGGGUGAUUCUUUGACCUUCAUCGAUAACCACGACAACCAAAGAGGCCACGGUGCUGGUGGUAACAUCUUGACCUACAAAAGAUCCAAGCAGUAUAAGGGAGCUAUCGCGUUCAUGUUGGCCCAUCCUUAUGGUCAGCCACAAUUGAUGAGCAGCUACGAUUUCCAUGACACUGAAGCUGGACCACCGAUGGAUCAUAACGGCAACAUUGUCUCACCAUCUAUUAACUCCGAUAAUAGCUGCGGUAAUGGAUGGAUUUGUGAGCAUCGCUGGCGCCAAAUUGCCGGCAUGGUUGGCUUCCGUAACGUUGCUGGUAAUACUGGUGUGAACGACUGGUGGGACAACGGCAGCAAUCAGAUCGCCUUCUGCCGCGGUGGUCAAGCUUUUAUUGCUUUCAACAACGACAACUGGGGUUUAAGCCAAACCUUGCAGACUUGCCUUCCAGCUGGUAGGUAUUGUGACAUAAUUUCUGGUGAAAAGAUAAACAAUGCCUGUACUGGCAAAACAAUCACCGUUGGUAACGACGGCCGUGCGCAUAUCUCCAUCGGUUCCAAUGAGUAUGAUAUGGUUCUCGCCAUCCACAGAGGAACUCAGUCACUCCUCUAAGCAUUUGGCAAAAAUAUAAUCAGAAGAAAGAAGUGAACUAAAAACAUCUGGACUCUCCAAAGCAAAUAGCCAUAAGAUGAUUUGUAAAUAAAACAAUAAAUAAAUCUUCCUAAA